AAACAGCAGGACGAGGAGGCAAAUAAAAAAAACAAGAUCAAACAUCGCUGGAAAUCUCCUGUUCCUAAUCAGCAAGGAACAGAGUCCGGAGAAGGUUUGAAGGUCAGCUGCUGUUUAACAGGGACUGACGGGAGUGUCCUGGCUUCCUGGCUCUGCAGCCCAGAGCAGAAACUCGGUUUCCAUUCUGAAGUUGGGAUCCGGGGGCAGCAGCCGAUAUGACGAAGGUCUUGAUUCUCCUCGGUGCCUUGAUCACAGGAGCAGCACCGUACAUCUUUGAAAAAUGUGAACUGGCUCGCCUUCUGCGCAGGAGCGGACUGGAGGGAUAUCGUGGCUAUAGCUUGGCAAACUGGGUUUGCCUGGUCGAGCACGAGAGCAGCUACAACACCAGAAUGGUCGGACACAACCGGAGAGAUGGGAAGACCACAUCCUCGGACUACGGGCUCUUCCAGAUCAGCAGCCAGGGCUGGUGUGACAAUGGGCGCACGCAGGGCAGAGGGAGCUCCAGGAAUUCAAAGAAUAAGUGUGGGAAGAUCUGCCUGGAUUUUAUCAACGAUAAUAUUGCUGAUGACAUUGAAUGUGUAAAGAAAGUGGUUCUGCCCCAAGGAAUGAAUGUUUGGUAUGGGUGGAAGAAGAAAUGUCAGCGAAGGAACCUCACCAACUUUCUGAAGGACUGUAACUUGUAAUGACGGAUGAACCCGACACACUGGAACCCCUCCAGCAAUCAACCCGUAACAUUUACUAAUUAGCUUACAUCACUAAAAGCCAAGCCAAUGAGCAGAUUCUAGACUCACAGCAUCAUAGCACGGUACAGCACAGAAACAGGCCCUUCGGCCCAUCUUGUACAUGCUCACCGUGAUGCCUAUUUACACUAACGCCAGUUGCCUUUUGAAUCUCUUCUAUCCACAUGCUGGUCCAAAUGCCUUUUAACUGUUUUAAUCGUGCCCCCCCCCACCCCCAGUAGCUCAUUACAGAUUUGCGUCAACCUUGUGUGGGAAAAAUCUGUCCCUCAGAUCUCAAUCAGUUUCAUUCCUCCCACCUUGUACCUCUAGUUAUGGACUCUCCUGCCCUGGGUAAGGUCUAUCUAUCUUAGACCAUAAGAAAUACGAGCAGAAUUAGGCCAUCUGGCCCAUCGAGUCUGCUCUGCCAUUCAAUCAUAGCUGGUCCUUCUUUCCUAACUCCUCCUCAACCCCAGUUCCCGGCCUUCUCCCCGUAACACCAGAGGCCAUGUCAAAUCAAGAACCUAUCAAUCCUUAAAUUCUGAUUUGAUGGAGACGGACGUGAAAGCACAGAGGAACAUCUGGAAAAAUUUCUGAAACGCCCGUUGACUACUGCUAUUACUGCACGGUCGGGAAUCUUUUGGAGGGUAGGCCUCAAAAUCCCCGGCUUUCCCUGCUGAUGGCGACUGAGAUGGAGGUCAAAUCAUUCGGUUAGAGAUGGCGCUUAGUACUCAGUGUCGGAGAGCUGAUCAGAGCUCGAGGUUUUCGGAUGACUCAGAGUCGGAUUGAGGUCAGCAUGGCAGGGAGAGUUUUUCUUCCUUCUCCCGUCUGCGUGAGAUGUGGGACAUUUGAGAGACUUUGAACUUUACUGUGCUCAUGGACUUCUUCAUCAAGUUAUGGUAUUGUUGCACUGUUGUAACUAUAUGUUAUAAUUAUGUAGUUUUGUCAGUUUUUUCAAUCUUGGUCUGUCCUGUGUUUUGUGAUAUCACAUCAGAGGAAAUAUUGUAUCAUUUCUUAAUGCAUGCAUCACUAAAUGAGAA